CACACACACGACCACGCACGGAGCGUGCACGCGCCGUGUUUGCCGACACGGAUUCGAACUAUUAUUGUCGUUGAGCAAACAAAGCCGCGGAGGCUCGAGCCUCCCUCGACUGUUUGUGCGCUUUUACGCACAAGCUCCGAACGGAGAGGUCUUUUACGCGCACACGCACAGAGAGGAGGGUGCAUGACGCACGGCACAAUUACACGAGAGAAUAUCGGCAAGCGUGCACGCGCGUAAAUACCGAAAGAGAGCGAGGGAGAGUAAAGAGAUAAAAUGACAGGUUAGUGUUGGAGACGUUUGGAGACGAAGGAGCAGAAAAGAGGAUUUGUUGAUAAAUUCAGUAACUUGGAGAAGCUCCUCCUCCUCCUGAUGUCGGAACCUCCUUAAUUACUAAUUUCUCCUGCAGCCACGCUCCCUCUCUCUCUCGCCCUCUCUCUCUCUCCCUCUCUCCCCCUCUCUCUGUCUGUCUCUUCUCUCUCUCCACUCCUCCAUCCAUGCUUCUCUCAUCCUGACCCUCCUUUCUCUCUCCUCGGUCUCUCUUUCGUUUCCAGCCCGGAUAACGGAGGAGGACGAGCUUGGAGUUCUCCUUCUUCUUCUUGUUAUUUUUUGUUUGUUAUUGUUUACUCCUGGUUUUGUGGGAGAGCCACCGGGCAUGGAGGAUGUAAAAGACCCGCCGACCGUCCACCGGUCCUCCUCCUUCAGCAUCAAGAGCCUCCUGCUGCCCUCCAAGUGCGACAGACCCGACUCCGUUGCCGCUGCCGCCGGUAUCCAAGGGACCUUCUCCCCCUCACCGGGCUCCGACUCGGAGAAGUCGCUGGACCCACCGGAGGUGGACUCCACGGCCGCGGCCCUGGACCCGGAGAAACCGGGCAAGGAGGAGCACGGGGACGAGGAGGGGGACGGAGGAGGAGGUGGAGAGGGGGACGGUGCCAAGGCGACGCAGGAGCAGAACAGUACCGGUACCAACAGCGGGAAAAACGGGAAAUAUGACAAACCUCCGUUCAGCUACAACGCCCUGAUCAUGAUGGCCAUCAGGCAGAGCCCCGAGAAGCGGCUCACGCUCAACGGUAUUUACGAGUUCAUCAUGAAAAACUUCCCGUACUACCGGGAGCACAAGCAGGGCUGGCAGAACUCCAUCCGCCACAACCUCAGCCUCAAUAAGUGCUUCGUCAAGGUGCCCAGACACUACGACGACCCGGGGAAGGGCAACUACUGGAUGCUGGACCCCAGCAGCGAUGACGUCUUCAUCGGGGGAACCACCGGGAAGCUCCGCCGGCGCUCCGCCACCUCCCGGGGCAAACUGGCGAUGAAGCGCGGGCUGCGCUUCGCUCCUCUCGGGUUGGGGAUUAACGAGCGGGCGAACAACCCGCUGUACUGGCAGAUCUCUCCGUUCCUCUCCCUGCACCAUCACCACCACCACCACCCGCACUACAACGGAUCCACGCCCGGCUUUUUGAACCAGGCUGCGGGCUACGGGUCGCUGCUGCCCGCGGUGGAGCAGCUGAGUAACGGGGACCUGGGGCGCUCCAUCCUCGGCGGGUCGGCGGGGGCGCUGGGCUUGACGAACAGUUACGGGAUGAGCACGUCGCCGGUCGGGCUGCUGUCCGGGCAGACGGCCGGGUAUUUUGUCUCAGGGACACAACACUCUUCAGCGGGGCCGCCGGGAGGAGGAGGACACCCGCCCCCGCCGCCGCACCUCCAGCAGGGCGCACCGGGGUACGGCGGCCUGGCCUCCGGCAGCUCGCCGCAGUCCCUGCUCUCAGACUCCCUCAGAAACAGCUCCAUACCGGCCUUCUCCCCGGGCGUGUCCGCGGGGUUCCCCGGGAUGCUGUCCCAUCAAAAGAGGGUGACUCCAAACGCUUUCCUAAACUGAACUCCCCCCC